UUUGACCUCAAAGGACAAAAACUUAUGAAUUUCUUGUGGUUAUGUCUUUCAUUCACAAUAACAUUAACAUCUGGAAACAGAUUUGAUCCUCAUGUAUUUCCUAAACGUGGACCUUUUUUCGAGGGAUGGUAUAUACGGUUAAUAGAUUCGGACAAUGGCAACAGUAUAGGAUUAUUGUUUGGGCAAGUAUUACCUGACGUAUCCAAGACUGUGAAUAAAUACCCACCUGUUCUCUGCAGCAUUUUAGUGAGGUCGUGUUCUGUUACCGGAUGUAGGCUUAUCUCCCAUGAUGCAUCUUUUAAUUCAUCCGACUUAAAAGUGAGAGUAAAAGGCAAACCUAUCGAUAAAAAUCCGGACAUAGCUUCACCAGUUAACUUUACAUGGCUUGCUAAAAAUAGUGCUUCCUUCGUUUUCUUCCAGACUAAUGUCUCGUCAUCUUCAUUUCGUGUAAAAUUUGAUAACGUAUCUCUUGAUGGCGAGUUAUCUUCCCCUGUUCCAUGGGGCCCAGAUGGCGAAGGGCCAGGGGGAUGGGUGGAUGAAUUUCCACUUCCGCUACAUUGGUUCGUCUACAGCCUUCGUUCAUCUAUUGUGUCGUACAAGUUUAAAAAACACAAAGAAAUCAUAUUCGAAGGGAGACGUGGAUUUGCUCAUAUGGAGAAGAACUGGGGUAAAUCAUUUCCCAAAGCGUGGAUAUGGUCAGAAGGAAUUUCUCCGAAUAACGUUACGUACGCUGUAUCUGGUGGGCCUGUUCAAUUUGGACCCCUUCCCAUCACAGCCUAUUUACUUGGCUAUAGAAAUCCUUUAAAAAAUAUUUCUACGAAUUUUCAUCCAUAUGAUAGUUACAUAUCUGCGAAAUACGAUGGUUGUAGAGGAUUUAUAAACAUAACUGCUAAAGGAUUACUCCACUCUGUAGAAUUAUUUGUGACAGCAGAAAUGUCGUCUUUCAGUCGAUGUUUAUAUGGGCCAGAAACUCAAGGGUUUCGUCAAGUUUGUAAAGAGUCAUACGAUGCAUCGGCCACAAUUUCAGUCUACAAGUUCAAAGCUCUCAUUGACAAGCAAUUUCUCAGCAAUGUUGCCCUAGAAUUCGGAGGAGAAAAUGUAUGUGGCGGUUGCAUGUCCCAUAAACCAUAAAAUACAUGUACUUGUACUUUGUUGGGACUGGAAUUAAGUCCCAUUAGCUAUUGCAGAGAAAUUAAACAUCCCAUGGUUAUAUGUACAUGUAGUUUGUUUUCACAAUAACUGCAACCAUUAAAUACCGUACAAACAAACGACGAAAUACAU